UACAACAUUGCCUUCCGGACUGACCCGAGUCUCUAAUAGACUAAUACUUCUUGAUUGAUAAUGUAACCAAUCGAAAGAUAAAGUAAAUCAUUCAAACAUGAACAUGACUCGUUUAUCCGAAUUUAAAAUUCUACUCUCUGCUCCUCCCCUGCCUUUUUUAGAUUAUUCCCUUACAGAAAUAUAAGCUCAAAGCCUCAAACUCCAUGUUACAUAAAAAUAAAAUAAAAAAUGAAGACCCCAAAAAAAGUAAACCCCACUAAAUAAUGUCCACAACUUUGUCUAAAGCAGAAACUUCAGUCACUUUCAGAUCCAUGGACUAAUAUCCCCUGCCUAUAGUAACUCAACUCAAUCACUAAUAUAUCUGCUUCUCAUCAUACUCACCUUUAGAGCAGAUUUAUACUAGUUCUAAGCUAGCAAUCUUACUUAAAUUAGCUAUGUCAACUUCAUAUUCACUAAUUCAUUUCCUGCUAAUUAUUCUCAGCCUAACAUCAGCCGCCUCUCUAAAUACAAACUUUCCAAUCAAAGAGGCUACCAUAAAAGAUCUCCAAACCGCUUUCCUCCAAAACAAACUUACCUCAAGAGAAUUAAUCCAGUUCUACCUGCGCCGAAUCCAAAAGCUCAAUCCAAUCCUCAGAGCAGUCAUAGAGGUGAACCCGGAUGCUCUAGAGCAGGCGGAUGAGGCUGACAACCGGAGAACAAAAGCAAAGAAGUGUCAGUCAGGGCUAGAUGGGAUACCAAUAUUGUUAAAAGACAAUAUUGCUACAAAAGAUAAGCUGAAUACAACUGCAGGAUCAUAUGCAUUGUUGGGCUCGGUUGUUCCUAGAGAUGCUGGAGUUGUCAAGAGGCUAAGGCAGGCUGGUGCUAUUAUUCUUGGGAAGGCUAGCUUGAGUGAGUGGGCUAAUUUUAGAUCUAGUAGUGCGCCGAGUGGCUGGUGUGCUAGAGGCGGCCAAGGCCAGAACCCUUACAAUCUCUCAACAGAUCCUUGUGGCUCCAGUAGUGGAUCAGCCAUAGCAGUAGCAGCAAACUUGGCAGCAGUUAGUCUUGGGACCGAAACAGAUGGUUCCAUCCUUUGUCCUUCCAGCAAAAAUUCAGUCGUGGGAAUCAAACCCACCCUCGGUCUCACUAGCCGUGGAGGAGUUAUACCAAUCACUCCUACACAAGACACUGUAGGGACUGUAGCAGAUGCAGCUUAUGUUCUGGAAUCCAUUGUAGGGUAUGAUCCUUAUGAUUCUGAAGCGACAAAGAAUGCAAGAAAAUACAUACCCCAAGGUGGCUAUGCUCAGUUUCUAAAGCUUGAUGGUCUAAAAGGGAAGAGGUUAGGAAUUGUGAGGAAUCCCUUUUUUAAUCUUAUCAAAGAGUUUCCUAUACUAAACACAACCUAUAUGCAGCAUUUUCAUACUCUAAGAAAACAAGGAGCAAUAUUAGUCGAUAAUCUGGAAAUACCCAACAUUGAAGCAAUUAUGACAUCAAACAAUAUGGAUAUGGUGAUGUCUUCUGAGUUCAAGUUAGCUCUGAAUUCCUAUUUAAAGCAUCUGAUCAAGUCUCCAGUUCGAUCUUUGGCCGAUGUAAUAGAAUUCAACAACAAACAUACCCAAAAGGAAAAGAUCAAAGAAUACGGUCAAGAUACAUUCCUUGAUUCUGAAGCAACAAACGGAAUUACACCCAAAGUGAAGAAAGCCCUGGCAACGUUAGCAGAAUGGUCAAAAGACGGGUUUGAGAAGGUUAUGGUAGAACACAAGUUAGAUACAAUUGUUACACCUGAUUCAGUGUUUUCAACUGUUCUUGCUAUUGGAGGAUACCCAGGAAUUAGUGUUCCUGCUGGAUAUGAUCAAGAUGGUGUGCCAUUUGGCAUAUGCUUUGGAGGCUUAAGGGGUUCGGAACCUAAGCUCAUUGAGAUAGCCUAUGGUUUUGAGCAAGCUACAAAAUUUAGAAAGCCUCCUACCUAAACUUUAAAGCUAUGUUUUUUACUCCCUCUGUCCCUUUAUUUUUGCCCCAUUUGACUUUAUGCAAUCUCUAAGACAUGUGUUAAAACGUUUAUAUCUCAGUUUUCCACAUGACUAUA